UCAUCUCAGGCGCAUGACAGUUUUCCUCUUUCCUUGGAAAUUGAUCUGUUGUUCUCUUGCUUCAUCCUCAAACUUGACCGUGUUUUUAGUUUCUGAUAAAUAGAUGCAAAAGGAACUGCUCAAACACCAACUUGAGAUAUAUUCCUCUUCUACAACCUCAUGUCAUCGUUGCCAUCGUCAUCAUCUUCUUCUUCUUCUUCUUCUUCUUCUUCCUCUUCUUCUCGACAGAAAUAUGAUGUUUUCUUGAGUUUCAGAGGUGAAGAUACCCGCACAAAAUUCACUGAUCAUCUAUAUGCAGCUUUAAAAAGUAGUGGAAUCGAGACUUUCAGGGAUGAUCGAAAGCUUGAGGCUGGAGAAGAAAUCGCACCAGAACUGUUUAAAGCAAUUCAAGAAUCAUGGUGUUCAGUAAUCGUUUUCUCAGAAACAUAUGCUUUUUCAGGUUGGUGCUUGGACGAGCUUGCAGAGAUUGUUGAACAGAAAGAAAAGAGGGGGCAUAAAAUUUUCCCAAUUUUUUAUGAAGUGGAUCCAUCUGAUUUGAGAAAACAAACAGGAAGAGUAGCUGAAGCCUUUGCCAAACAUGAAGAGAGAUACAAGGAAAAUAAAGACAAGAUCCAAAAGUGGAGAGAAGCUCUGAGUGAAGUGGCUGGUAUCUCGGGAUGGCAUUUAAAAAACAGGCAUGAAUCAGAAUUUAUUGGAGACAUUGUUAAAAAGAUAUCAACAAAAUUAUGUCAAACAUAUUCCGUUGUUCCUAGUAAGUUGAUUGGAAUUAACUCACGUUUGGAAGAGCUGCAUUCGAAAAUAGACUUUGGUGAAGAUGAUGUCCGCAUUAUAGGAAUUUGUGGUAUGGGCGGCAUUGGUAAAACUAGUCUUGCAAGAGUAGUUUAUACCCAGAUGUCCUCUCAUUUUGAAGGUAAAAGCUUUCUUGCUGGUGUUCGAGAAGUUUCAGAGAAAUCUGGACUUGUUUCUUUACAGAAACAACUUCUUUCUGAUAUAUUGUUGGAAGAAGGUUUCAAUCUAUCCAAUAUUCAUGAUGGGAAUGACAUGAUUAGUCGCAGGCUAUCUCACAAGAAGGUUUUUGUUGUUAUUGAUGAUGUUGAUAACGAACAACACUUGAAUUGCUUGGUUGGAAGGCGUGAUUGGUUCGGUUUAGGAAGCAGAAUCAUCGUAACAACAAGAGAUGAACAUUUGCUCAUAUCCUACGGAGUGGAUGAAGUGUAUAAGCCUACAACACUGGAUGUCGAUGAAGCACUUCAUCUUUUCAAUUUGAAAGCUUUCAAGAGUGUUACAGGGCCAGGGCCAGGGCCAGAAAAUGAUUUCAAUGAGCUUUCUAAACAAGUUGUAACAUACACUGGUGGUCUUCCCUUAGCUCUUGAAGUUAUCGGUUGUUUUUUGUGCGGUAGAGAUGCAGCUCAAUGGAGAAGUACAAUUGAAAGACUUAAAAGAGAUUUUGACAAAGAAAUUCAUAACAGACUUCUAAUAAGCUUCGAUGGAUUACAAGAAACGGAGAAGAACAUUUUUCUAGAUAUUGCAUGCUUCUUCAAAGGGGGUGAGAAAGAUUUUGUAACUAACAUACUAGAUGGUUGUGAGUUUUCUGCAGGAAUUGGAAUAAAUCGUCUCAUUGAGAAGUCUCUCAUAAAAGUUAUUUCGGGCAAAUUUCUGUGGAUGCAUGAUUUGCUACAAGAGAUGGGAAGAACAAUUGUUCGACAAAAAUCACCUGAUGAACCUGGAAAACGUUGUAGGUUGUGGGAUGAAAAUGAUGUCCAUCACGUGCUAACAAAAAACACGGCUACGGAAGCAAUUGAAGUCAUGAUCAUCGAAGAUAAAGGGGAACAGAACGAAAGGUUCACUUUGAGUGUUGAUGCCUUCUCGAAGAUGACAAAAUUAAGAUUGCUCAAAGUCUUCUAUCUACCAAAUUCUCAUGAUCUCAAUUAUCUUUCUAUUGAUCAGUUAAGGCUUUCAGAUAAGAGUCGAUAUCCCUCCAGAUCCUCGCCUUCAAGCUUCCAACAAGAAAACCUUCUAUUAAGAUUGCUCAAAGUCUUUCAUCAACCAAAAUUUGAAGAUCUCAAAUAUCUUUCUAAUGAGUUACGGCUUUUGGAUUGGAGUGGAUAUCCGUUCAGAUCCUUGCCUCCAAGCUUCCAACCAGACAAUCUUGUUGCACUUCUCCUACCUUAUAGCCACAUUGAACGAUUAUGGGAGGAAAACAGUCCUUUACCUAAAUUAAAAUUAGUCAACCUCCAAGGCUCCGAAAAUCUGAUCAAGACACCAGACUUCACAAAGGCUACACUUCUCGAAAGUUUGAUUUUGGAAGGUUGUACCAGAAUAGUAGAUGUUCAUCUACCUGUCGGAGUUCCAAGCAAGCUUAAACAUUUGAAUUUAAGAGGCUGCAAAAGUCUUAGGAGUUUUUCAACCAAAAUAAUUGGAAUGAAAUCUCUUGAGCAUUUAAUUCUUUCAGAUUGCUCAAAAUUUGAAAGGUUUCCAGAGAUUGAUGGAGAAAUGGAAUGUUUGCAGGAGCUUCAUUUAGAUGGAACAGGCAUUGAAGAACUUCCUUCUUCAAUUGGACAUCUCAGCAGGCUUAAACUUUUGAAUUUAAGAGGCUGCAAAAGUCUUAGAUCUCUUCCAACCAAAAUUGGAAUGGAAUCUCUUGAUAAAGUAAUUCUUUCAGGCUGCUCAAAUCUUCAAAGGUUUCCAGUGAUUGAUGGACAAAUGGAAUGUUUGCAGGAGCUUCAUUUAGAUGGAACAGGCAUUGAAGAACUUCCCUCUUCAAUUGGACAUCUCAGCAGGCUUAAACUUCUGAAUUUAAGAGGCUGCAAAAGUCUUAGGAAUUUGCUUUCUCUUUCCUUGGCUCUUAUGUUACCUCCUUUGUCAGGUUUGAAUUCUUUAACAAAGUUGAAUCUAAGUGACUGCAAUCUUGGGGAUAUUCCUAGUGAUAUUGGCUGUUUAUACUCUUUGAAAGUACUUUAUCUUGGUGGUAACAAUUUCAUCUGCCUACCAGAAACUCUUAGUAGACUUUCCAACCUUUAUUGGCUUGACUUGGUAGAUUGCAAGAAGCUUAAAUCAUUACCUAACCUUUGCCGUAUGAUAGAAAAGGUGUACGUAGAUGGUUGUGCUUCACUGGAAGAAGUCGAUGAUCCAAUAACAGCAUGCAAUCCACGUUUUGGCGGAUUUGAACAAUUUAGAGGUAUUAACUGCUAUAAAUUGGUUGAGAAAAGCAAUGCAUUGACAAUGCUAAAAAAACAAAUUAAGGUUGGUAUCUCUCUCACUGAAUCUCACUUUUUUUGGCAGGUACUUGCGAAUGUAAGUCGAGAAAUUGACAUUCUUGUACCUGGAAAUGAAAUCCCAGAAUGGUUCAACCAUCAAACGGAUGAAUCUUCAAUAAAGAUAACACUGCCUCCUAAUAUUCAGAAUGAUAGUCAGUGGGUGGGAGUUGCUCUCUGCUGCGUUUUUGUCUCUGCCUUCAAUGAUGAUGAUGCUUGGGAGUAUGCCUUCAAUGUUGAUGAUAAUGCUUGGAUGCGGCGGGAGGUUCUCAGCCAUUCGAUAAAGAGUAACUAUUGUAGUUGUGAUCGGUCCAUUUUUUUCGCAGAAAAUAAUAGGCGGCAGCGGGCCAAGAAGGACCACCUUUGGCUAACUUAUUUGUCUCGUUCCCGGUUAUAUCUAUCUUGCUAUGAGGACGAAUGGCGUGAAACCAGGUGCGAUCAAAUGUUUGAAUCCGUAAUACCAAACCCGGAGUUUUUCAAAGUGAAAAAGUAUGGGCUUCGAAUAGUGUAUAAGAAAGAUUUGGAAGAGACGGAACAAAUACAAGAGCAGCACAGCAGUCCAGCUUCUACAAAUUUUGAUGACAGGGAAUGGUAGUGUUGCCCAUUUAAAGCAAUGGAAAAUAUUUUAAAUUCAUAAUGGGAAGAAACAUUAAUUCUGGUUGAAUUGGAUGACAUCGAGUAGAAUAAAUAAUUGAGACAAGCUGUUGGAGGCAAGCAGCAUUACUCUACAUAAAAGUAGGUGGGAGGGUAAAAUAUGUUUGAUGUCGUAUGGAGCAUGAACUUCUUAUCUUUGCUAUAAGAUUGUAUUGUAAUUUGUUAAAUUUAAAACCCAGUUUCAUUUGUUUUCACUCGUGUUGCUUAGGCCUUGUUAUAUGUAUGAUUGGUUGCAUAAUGUAACGGUGUUUUGGUGUGAUUGAGAGCUUGGUUUA